AUUGGCUGAUACCUGCUUCUGGGUCAGAAAAAUCAUGUAUCAGGUUAAUUAAAGAUUACAGGGCUAGAGGUAGGCUAAUGAUGAUUAAUGAACAUGGCCAUGACACCCCUGUGUCUUAUUUAGGGUGGAAUAGCAGGGGAGAAGCACACAUAAUGACUAGAUUGGCAACUGACUGAUUAAUUGAUUAGCUAAUUGAUUCGCUGAUUGGUUGAUGGAGGUACUCUCAUGAUUGACACCUGCGUGUCAUCAGCAUGGAUCAGUGGUGGCGUAGUCUUGCCCACAUCAUCAUCAUUUCCACACACAUCCGAGCAGGUGGCUUUGCAUUCAAUUUGAAACUUGAAGACGAGGAGCUCAACGCUGGCAUAACCGAUGGCUCACAGACAGGUGCGAAGACUUCCUAUGACACGCAGAGUGCCACAGGAUGCUUCAGAGCUGCCCAGUGUGUGUCCCCAGACCAGUCCUCCGAUCAACGAGGCGUCCCAGAGCGCCCUCAUGUCCUCUCACAGAGACCGCACGGCCACGCUCAGGGAGCAGCUUGUGGAGAGGGACCAGCACGUCGCCCGGCUCCAGGAUGCUCUGAAGAGGGAGAGGGAGAAGUGUGGGCGGCUGCAGUCUCGGUGUGGCCAGCAGGUGGCAGAGCUGAGGCGCAGGGAGUUGCAGAACAACAGGCUGAAGGAGAGACUCCUCACAGACAAACAAAAAGACAAGGGACCCGCCAUGGAGAUGCUCAACGCCCUGCCCAAGUCUCUAGCCAAGAAAGACCAUGCUUCCAGGGGCACACGCUCUGAAGGAAGAAAGGAGGAGGAGGCUCUGCGUUUGAUCCUGGAGAGAAGGGAGGCGGAGCUAAGGGAAGCCAUGAAGCUUCGGCACGCCAUCACCACGCUACUGCACACGCUCAGAACAGACAUGGAACAGACCCUCCAUGUCCUCUUGAGUGACCAGCAGGAGGAGCCAGACAGUCAGAGGCUCGUCCAAUCAGAAGUGGUGCUGGGCGAUCACGUGACUGGGGGCGUGGUCAAAGAGUGGGUCAGGGUCCAGAAGGUUCUUCAAGAGAUGCAUGCGCAAGGUGGCUGCACGGGGGCCACAGACCAGGAGAAGCAGAUCGUUCAGCUGGAGAGAGAACUGGAGGGGAGUCAGCAGCUGGUCAGACUGCAGCAGCAACUACUGCAGGACAGCGUGACUGCUGCUCUCCCCGCCCCCCUGGUAGACUCCUAUCACCUGGAGGAGUGGGAGCGGCUUCAGGAGCAGAGGGUGGAGCUUGACAGGCAGAGGCGGAGCUUCGAGAGGGAGAGGCAGGCCUUCACCGACGCUGCUAUCCGAUUGGGCCAUGAGCGGUGUCAGUUUGAUCAGCAGAAGGCGUCGCUGGUGCGGCAGCAGUACCUGUUCAACUCUCCCCCCGUGAAGCUCUCUGCCCACCACAGCAGGAGGGUCAGCCCUGCCAUCAAGAUCUCUCUUGCGGACGAUGCGCUGCCCAACUCCCCAGACUCGCUCUGCCUGGCCACCCCCUCCUCCACGGCCUCCGACCAAAGCCCAGGGUCACCAGGUCAUCAAGAGGUCACGACCCCCAGCACCCCUGAGCUCUACUCCGCCCUCAGGCUACCCUAUCCCCGCAGGUCCGUGGGUACUCCCUCGCCCACUGAGUGCUGGCGUGGAGGAGGGGGAACAGAGAGAGCCCAUCGCGCUCCCCGCAGACGAGACCACGACUACUCCUUUUAACACACACGUCACCACACACACUACUCCUUUUAACACACACGUCACCACAAACACAUUGCAAUAUAUGGUAACACACACAAGAAAACUGCACUUUACAGCCCAACACACACUUUACUAGACAAAACCUUCUGAUAAAACACACACACAAGAGAACAGCACUUUACAACUCAACACACACUGUACUAACCCCCAAUGAACAGAACAUAGCGUAUGCUUUCAGUGUAGGGCUUCUUGUCAUUUGGAUGUCGUCAUUGACAAAUGAGAAAUCAGUUG